AGUACCGUCUAGUUCGAACCGUUUAUAAUAAUGUUUCGUCUAGGAACAUUUUUUUACAUUAUAGUGUUAAUAGCCACAACAAAUUCCUUUCCAUUUUGGGAUAAUUUUCACACACAGGAUGAUUCUUGUGCACUAUUGCAGAAAUGCCAUGAACUAGAUGAGAAUAAAAUAAAUGUACAUCUUAUUCCUCAUUCCCAUGAUGACGUCGGCUGGCUUAAAACUAUUGAAGAAUAUUAUUAUGGCAGAAACGAUAGUAUUCACAACGCUGGUGUACAGUAUAUUAUUGAUUCUGUUUUACAAGCUCUUAAAAGGGACGAGAAAAGAAGGUAUAUUCAGGUUGAAACGGCCUUUUUUUGGAAGUGGUGGAAAGAUCGAAAUGAAGAAAAACGAGAUGUAUUUAGAACCUUUGUUAAAAACGGUCAAAUAGAAAUGGUGGGUGGGGGAUGGUCAAUGAAUGACGAGGCAUGUACUAAUUAUCAAUCAACAAUCAAUCAGUUCACGUGGGGAUUAAGGCUCUUAAAUGAUACUUUCGGCGAAUGCGGACGGCCAAAAAUAGGCUGGCAAAUUGAUCCUUUUGGCCACAGCAGAGAGCAAGCAUCGAUUUUUAAGCAAAUGGGCUUCGACGCAGUCUUUUUUGUCCGCUUGAGUAAAUCUGAAAAGGAUCGAAGGAUUCUUGACAGAAACUUAGAAUUCAUGUGGAGAAGCAGCGCUGAGUUAGACAACAGCGAAAUAUUCACAAGUAUUUUCUCGACCGAUUCAUAUUUUGCUCCAUCUGGUUUUUGUUGGGAUUAUCUGCAAUGCAAUUCCGAUGCUAUAAAUAAUGAUCCGGAAAGUUUUGAUUACAACCUCGAUAAAAAGGUCGAGGAUUUCUCUGAAUACAUCAGCAAUUAUUCCAGUUAUUAUAGAACCAAUAAUAUUUUAUUUGGUAUGGGUGGAGAUUUCCAAUAUCAAGCAGCGGAAAGAAAUUACAUGAAUAUAGAUAAAUUAAUAAAAGGCUUUCGAAAUAAUGAAAAAUAUAACGUUUUUUAUUCGACUCCAAGUUGUUACUAUCAAGCAGUUAUGAAGGCUAAGCCUGACUUAAACGUAACCACGGAAGAUUUCUUUCCUUAUGCUGAAAACGAUCACGCUUAUUGGUCAGGAUAUUACACAUCCAGACCCACUGUUAAACGGUUUGAGCGCAGCGGCAAUAAUAUAUUACAGGUUUCUGAACACCUCAAUGCUUUUUCAAAAAUGAGGAAUCUGGAGAAUGAAAAUAAAUAUGAAGAGAACGUUAGAUCAUUAAGGGAAGUUAUGGGUACUAUGCAACACCACGAUGCUAUCACUGGCACUGAGAAAGAACAUGUUGCUGCAGACUAUACCAGGAUGUUGACGAAAGCUAUUAGGGAAACCGAGAGCCAUUUAGGAAAAGUAUUGGGAAAUCUGUUGAAAAAAGAUGAUGUGACUGACGACAUAACGUUGCCGGUUUCGUCUUGCCUGCUUGCAAACAUUAGUUCUUGUGAAAAUGCGCUUAAGGACAAGUAUAUGGUGACGGUGUAUAAUCCACUUUCUAGAUAUGUGACGUAUUACGUUCGUCUACCAGCUAAAAACGGCGCAUACAAUAUAACUGGACCAGAUGGACAGGAAAUAUACGACAUAGUUAAAAAUAUGAACUAUCCAAUUGAUUGUGACUCUUCUAUUAGUGAUGUUGACUUAAUUUUUACUGCUAGGAACAUUCCUCCUUUGGGUAUCAAAUAUUACUAUGUCGAAAAACUAAAUGAAUCAUUCGAUGUGCAUUAUAAAUAUGAAGUUGGAGAAGCUACUAAAUAUGGAACCGAUAGUGUUAGCUUUACCCUGGACAGCAACAAUAUGUUAGACUCUGUUACAAUGAAUAACAAAACUGUUAAAAUCAGUCAAAAAUUCCUAGCAUACAUUAGUAACAACGGAUCGGGAGACUCCAUUGCCUCUGGGGCUUACCUAUUUCGACCAGUGAAUGGUUCGGAUGCAUAUAAUAUAAAUUAUUUUGAAAAUGGCCAAGUGAAUAAGACUACCGACGAAAAGGUGCCAGUAACUUACUACAAUGGGAACUUAGUUGAUGAAGUUAUUCAAGUUUUCAAUAAAUGGUUAACACAAACUAUAAGGGUAUAUAAAGGGGAGGAUAAUAACUUUAUUGAAUUUGAUUGGGUGGUUGGUCCACUUGAUAACGAAACUAUUGACGUUGAAUACAACCACGGAAAAGAGGUUAUAACUAGAUUUUAUAUCGACGACUUCGACAAUGAGGUUUUCUACACUGAUUCGAAUGGAAGGGAAAUGAUUGAAAGAAAGAGAAAUCAUUACCCGUAUAAUAAUUCAAGCUUCGAAGCAGUUACAUCAAAUUACUAUCCUGUUACAUCGAAAAUAGUUAUAAAAGACGAAGAUAAAAAUCUUCAGCUCGCCAUUCUGAAUGAUAGGUCUCAGGGAGGCAGCAGUUUGUGGGGAGGAGAAAUCGAGCUAAUGAUUCAUAGAAGAACAUUAAAGGAUGAUUACAAAGGAGUUGAGGAACCUUUACAGGAAAUGGAAUAUGGAAAAUAUUUAACUGUUAGAGGACAACAUUAUUUAAUUUUGGGUUCAGCAACGAGCAAUGGUACAACGAAAAAGAGUACAUCGGUUCAGGAACGUGAAUUGGCACUGAAGAAAUUGCUUCAACCCUGGAUCUUAGUUGGAGAUGCAACAUCAGAUGAGUGGGAUGUGAAUACCGUUUCAAAGAAAAUCAAUUUCGAAUGGACUGGACUUAAAACUGCACUUCCGGAUAACGUAAAUAUUUUAAAUUUACAACCAUGGAAAGACAGAUCAUAUAUUCUUAGGUUGGAAAAUAUCAUUGCAAAGACAGAAGAUCCUAAUUAUUCAAAGGGAGUCACGGUGGAUAUCGCAGAUCUCUUUUCGCCCUACACCAUUAGUUCCAUACGUGAAACAAAGCUUGCAGCUAACGACUGGUUAUCAGACACAGAAUCUUCACCAAGUUUUAAAUGGAUCAGAAAAUCUUCACAGAACAUUGACACAAAUAUUUUAUUAACACCUAUGCAGAUUAGAACGUUUAUUGUAGAAUUUAAAGAAUAAUUAUGUAAUAAAUACUACAAGAACUUGGAAAAUAAAUCGUACGCAGUGUC